AUGGCUCUCCCAAGAGUUAGUGAGGCAUAUAUUAGAGGAGUUGAUGGUUUUCUAGAUAUGGCAUUUCAAAGGACUGCGCAAGGACAAGAAAUACUUUGCCCGUGCAAAAAGUGUUUGAACCGUAAUUGGUAUUAUAGAGCAAUAGUCAGAGAACACUUGAUAGUCUAUGGUUUCAUAGAAGGCUAUACUGAGUGGGUAUUCCAUGGAGAAGGAUUGUCAAUGUAUUCUAAAGGAUUACCAUCACAUAGUAAUGAAGGACUUGAUCCUCUUGAUAACAUGGAUGAUAUGUUGCAAGAUAUGUAUAGAGAUGUAGCAAUUGGAGGGCAAACCCUCCCAAGGAUUUGUGAAGGUCCUAAUACAGAGGCAAAGAAAUUUUACAAGUUAAUGGAGGAAGGCCGACAGGAGCUUUAUCCAGGGUGUAAGAGUUUCUCAAGGCUUUCUUUCAUCGUUCAAUUAUAUCUUUUCAAGUGUCUCCAUGGGCUAAGUAAUGUGGCAUUUGGUGACCUUCUAGAUUUAUUAAAAGAAGCUUUUCCUGAUGCUACAAUUCCAAAUUCUUUUAAUGAAGCUAAGAAGACAGUGAGAGAUUUGGGUCUUGAUUACAAAAAAAUACAUGCAUGCCCAAAUGAUUGUAUGUUGUUUUGGGAUGAGCAUGAAGAAGCAAAUAAUUGUCUUGUAUGUGGUGUUUCUAGGUGGAAAUUGGAGGACAAAUUUGCAAAUGAUAAUGCUAAAUCCUCCACUAUACCUGCUAAGGUUUUACGAUACUUUCCCCUUACUCCUAGGCUCCAGAGGUUAUUCAUGUGUGAAGAGACAGCUACUGCAAUGAAAUGGCAUGCAACAGAUCGUCCGAAUGAUGGAAAUUUGAGGCAUCCGGCUGAUGCCAAAGCUUGGAAAGAUUUUGAUAAUUUGCAUCCUGAGUUUGCUCAAGACCCUCGCAAUGUGAGGUUGGGACUUGCAAGUGAUGGGUUCAAUCCAUUUCGAACGAUGAGCAUUUCACAUAGCACAUGGCUCGUUGUGUUAAUCAAUUACAAUUUAUCACCAUUGGUUUUUAUGAAGUCUGAAUAUAUUUUCUUGUCUAUGAUUAUUCCGGGUCCUAGAUCACCUAGUAAAGACAUUGAUAUCUACAUGCAACCUUUGAUUAAAGAGUUAAAGCACUUAUGGGAAAUUGGUGUUGAAACAUAUGAUGCCACAAGCAAACAAACAUUUCUCAUGCGGGUGGCAUUAUUAUGGGCAAUUAGCGACUUCCCAGCUUAUGCUAUGUUAUCAGGAUGGAGCACUAAAGGAAUGUUAGCAUGUCCUUAUUUUGCUGUGAGAAAGACAUUGCCUAAAACUGUUGCCAUUGUCUUAAUCAAGGUGGGUGAUUUUUUCCGGGGUAUAUGCAGUAAAGUUGUGAAGAUGCAGGAUCUUGAUCGGUUGCAGAAGGAAAUUAUUGAAAUUCUUUGUCAUCUAGAAAUGACUUUCAUCCCAAAUUUUUUUGAUAUAAUGGUGCAUUUGACUAUUCAUUUGGUAAAUGAAAUCAAACUUGGUGGCCCGGUUCAUUAUCGUUGGAUGUUCCUAAUUGAGCAAAACUUAUGCAAGUUGAAGUCUUUUGUUCGUAAUCGGAGCAGUCCGGAGGGAUCUAUUGCGGAAGGGUAUCUAGCCGAGGAAUGCUUGGUAUUUUGCUCGAGAUAUAUGCAUGAUGGUGUAAAGAUGAGAUUCAGCAGAUAUGGGAAGAAUACUAAUAUAGGUACAAUGGAUGAUGAAGCAUCUCCUAUUUUCCCUAAGCUUGGCCAUCCAAUUGUGGGGAACAAGAGAAAUAUUGGCAAGACUUUCAUUGUAAUACCCUGA